AUGUCGCUCCCAUCUGGCUGUGGGGUCUGCGGCCAGCAAGAUGGAGUUCUCCGCUGCAGUGGCUGCAAAGUGAUGCCCUACUGCGGAGUCGACCACCAGAAAGCUCAUCGCCAAGAGCACAAAUCUGCUUGCAGCGCGAUUAGAAGAUCCCGCGUUGCCAUGGAGAAAGCAGAAAAGGAUCUACGGGAACGCUCAGCUACAGUCUUUACCAACGACAUCGGACAAUUCUGGGACCUUGUCGAGACACGCCCCUACAUGCUCGCCCGCGCUGCCCUGACGGACAACUUGAAUCGUGUGCACAACGUCGAAGCAGUUCAGGCACAGCUUGAUCAUCUGAUGGAAAACUUGCGACUCUGUCGCAGUGACAACAUGGGCUCGCGACAUGUCAUUCCUAGUUUGAUGAUCCGUCUUCAAAAGGAACAGGAGUGCUACGACUUUCUGAAGUGGUGGGCUACGACCGGCCAGGAUGACAACUAUGAUUGGGGCGAUACCACCAAGCCGUACCUUGACAUCAAGAACGCCAAUCCCCUUGAGCCAGUCGACAUUUUCUGUGACAAUCUCAUAGAUCUUCCAUUUCUCACUUCGCUUACACUACUCAAGAUCAAGGUCCUGUACUUGUUUUACCUCCCACUUAUUGAGUCUGGCCGCGCCGCUGCUUUCGAAGGCGCCGAGCAGUCGAUGAGAUUCAAAGACUCGUCCAUCGCCCAUAACCCUCAUAUUGUGAACUGUGCCAACAGGUUUUCGGAGAUUGAGAAGCUCAGGGCCCAGAUUUGUACCUUGUACAAGGCUGUCCAUUCAAUGAACCCGCACUUCUGGCCGGCUCUGUUGAACCCGGCCGAACAUGUGCGAGCUCAUCCGAUGACGUUUUCACCUGGCAGUGCGGAACAGAUGCAGGUAGCCUUGAAUCUGACCUAUGAUUCUUGGUUCGAAAACCUGGAGGCCACUGCGGCGAUUAGGUUGGCCAUGGCGGACGACCUUUGA